CGAGAUUGAGGGCUAUAUAUGAAGGGUCAGAAACUUGCCCAUUUAUGAUUUUCGCCGCAAGGAAGAAUCCAAGGUGGGAUACCUUUGUUAUAAAAACCGUGCAGUUAGAGCACCAAUGUAGGAGGGUAGACAAAGUUCUAUAUGCAGAUUCAAGAUGGCUUUCAGAGCACUAUAUAGACAAACUUAGAACAAAUCCAAAUUGGGAUGUUGAUGACAUCAUGGCUGAGGUUAGAAGAGAGUUCAACUUGGUGGUUACUAGAAACCAAGUUUUCAGAGCUAAAAGGCUUGCUAGAGAAGUGAUUAAAGGCAGUUAUGUGGAGCAAUAUGCACAAUUAUGGGACUAUGUGGAAGAGCUUAAGAAGGCCAACGAAGGUAGCACAAUCAAGGUGAAGACUCAAAUGGACGGUGAUGAUAUUCUUUUUCAAAGGAUUUAUGUGUGUUUGGCAGGGUGCAAACAAGGCUUUUUGGAAGGCUGUAGGCCUGUCAUAGGAGUUGACGGUUGUUUUAUUAAAGGCCCUCAUCUGGAUAGAUUUUGACGGCUGUUGGGAUUGACGGCAACAGUGGUUUAUUCCCAAUAGCUUAUGCAAUUGUUGAGAUAGAAAACAAAAGCAUUUGGGUUUGGUUUUUGGAGCUUUUGAUUGCUAAUUUGAAAAUUGAGAAUGGCUUAGCAUGGGAUUUUGCAAGUGACAAGCAAAAGGGUUUGGAAUCAACAAUAAAAAAAAUUGCUCCCAACUGCUGAGCAUAAGAUGUGUGUUAGGCACUUACAUCAAAACUUCAAAGCUUCUGGUCUUCAAGGGUUGAAAAUGAAAAAUAUUUUAUGGGCAGCAGCAAGGGCAACAACAGUGCCAUGGUGGAAGGAAGAGAUGGAAAAGAUGAAAAAUCUACAUGAAAAAGCAUGGGAAUGGCUUAAUGAUAGGCCUGCUAAUAAUUGGGGUAGAUUUUGCUUUAAUACUCACUUUAAGUGUAAUGUUCUACUUAACAACUUAUGUGAGAGUUUUAAUUCUGCUAUUCUUGUGGCAAGGAAUAGGCCUAUCUUGGGACUUCUAGAUAACAUCAACAUGUAUAUCAUGCUUAGGAUGGCCAAUAAGAGAGCUGCUGGGAGGAAUUGGAAGCAUCUAGUUGGUCCAAGGAUUUUCAAGAUAAUUGAGAAAAGCAAAGUGGAAAAUACUUAUUGUAUUCCUAAGAUGGCUGGUGAUAAGGAGUACCUAGUACAACACAUAAGUGGUAGACAAUUUGUAGUGAAGUUGAAGGAGUCCACUUGCUCAUGUAGGAGAUGGGAUUUAAGUGGGAUCCCAUGCUCACAUGCAAUUGCUUGUAUAUUCGCCAGAGAUGAGAUUGUUUACACCUAUGUCCAUGACUGCUACGAGAAGGAAGCUUACUUGAACUCCUAUGAUCCUAUGAUCCACCCCAUUCCUAGAAUGGAUUUGUGGGAUAUGACGGAUUUAACUCCAUUGAAACCUCCAAUAUGCAAGAAGCAACCUGGCAGGCCAAAAAGAAAGAGAAUUAUGUCUGUAGGUGAAGUUAAGCCACAAGCACACUAUCUUCCACCACCAACUAAUCUAUUGGGUGAGCACAAUGACACACUGCAACCUCAGAGACUUAGAAAAUGGUUUGUAGAGAUAGCUUGCGGUAAAUGCAGAAAGUUGGGGCACAAUAAAGUAGGAUGUGGAAAAUCACAACACACGGAUGCAACAAAUAAGAAUCAGGAGACUCAACAAGUAAACACUCAAGCAACAACUCAAAAUGCCCAAGCAAACUCUCAAACUUCAGGGACACAAAUGUCUCAAGGGAACACCGAAACACGAGCUCUAAUUAACUCUCAAGGAAAGAAAAAGCAACAUGUCAGUUCUCAAGUAGGGCAACAAGGAAAGGGAAAACAACCUGUGAGAAGGGGUGGAUACAAAGGGAUGGGGAACCAAGCAAGACCAUAGAGGCUUUGAAAUAGAUAAUAUUGCUACUUGUUUUUUGAUGUUCAUGGACCAAGGAGGCCUCGAUUAGUUGAUGUUACCACUUGUUUUCUGAUGGAGGAUGUGAAGACCGUGGUGGUUUUGAAAUAGAUGAUGUUGAUGCUUGUUUUUUGAUGUGGAUAGACCAUGAAGGCCUGGAUUAGAUGAUGUACCUAUCUUU